CUAUCCUUCAUCUUCCUCUACAAACAUAACACGGCCUCCUAUCUCUUUCUCUGCCUAUUCCUCUUCUUUCCCCAUCUUUAUGCUUCUUUUUCUUCUUCAGGAUCUCACUUCUGCUCUUCACUAAUCCAGUUCAAGAACUCCUUUUCCAUAACAGAGGGUGCUUCUUUGUAUUGCGAUGAGAUUGCUGGCCCUAAAUCUUAUCCCAAGACAAAUUCAUGGAAGGAGGGUACAGAUUGCUGCUCAUGGGACCAUCUAAAUGCUCAUGCUAUUGCCCUUGACUUGAGCUGCAGUUGGCUAUAUGGCAACUUCCCUUCCAAUACCACUCUCUUCCUUCUUCCUCAGCUUCAAAAACUCAACAUUGCCUUCAAUAAUUUUAAUCUUUCCCAAAUUCCAUCCAAGUUGGAUCGGUUUACGAGCCUAUUCUACCUCAACCUUUCUCAUACAGGGUUUGCAGGAGAAGUCCCAUCCCGAGUCUCCCACCUGUCAAAAUUGGUUUCACUUGAUCUCUCCUCUUCGAUUUAUUACUAUGAGCAAUUUACAUUUGACAAACAUGCUCUGGAGGGACUUGUUCAAAACCUAACCGAGGUCAGACAUCUGUUUUUGGAUGGAAUCAACAUGUCUUCUGUUAAUGCUCAUGUCUUCAUGAAUCUAUCCUCUUCUCUAAGGUCUCUCAGUCUUGCUGGUUGUGAUUUGCAAGGAAAAUUCCCAAAAAACAUUUUUGAUUUGCCAAACCUCAAUCUCCUCAACUUGGGAGGCAACCAAAACCUCAAUCUUGAUCCUUUGAAGUUCAAUCGGAGCAGCAAUCUUGAGCAUUUGGAUCUGUCGUGGAUGUCCUCCUCUACAGAAUUCAUUGAUUCAGUUGACAAUCUACAGGCCUUAGAGUACUUGGAUUUAUCAGGAAAUUCUUCCUUUCAAGGAUUGUCUGUCUCAAUCACAAAUUUAUCAUCUUUGGAGCAAUUGAUAAUUUCAGGCGCAAAUUUUUUGGAGGAUUGCCCGACUCGAUGGGGAAUCUUGUGUCCUUGAAGUUUUUAGAUCUCUCCAAUUCCAACUUAUCAACAACGGUUCCAAGAUCACUGGAAAAUCUCUUGCAACUCACUCAUUUAGACUUGUCGGUGAACCAAUUGAGUGGACAAAUUUUAAGAUCAUUGGGUAACAUCUUGCAACUCACUUAUUUAAGCUUCCAUUAGAACCAAUUGAGUGGACAGAUUCCAAAAUCAUUGGGAAACCUAUUGCAACUCACUCAAUUAGGCUUGUCAAGAAACCAAUUGAGUUGAUGAAUUCCAUUAUCAAUUCUAAACCUAACGCAACUUGAAUACUUGGAAAUAUCUGAAAAUACAUUAGAAGGUUCCAUUCCAGAUGAUAUAACUGCUUGUCCUAAUCUAAUAUCUUUAGGCUUAUCUGACAAUUUACUCAAUGGAACGCUUCCGUCAUGGUUGUA